ACAUUACUUUCUUUCUUCGCGCCAUUUUUGUGCUCUCGACCUAACAACAUGGCUAAAAAUUUUCUCCUCUUCAGCUUGCAGUUUGAUAUGAAGUAACACUGUCACAUUUUCGUUCUAUCGCCUUUGAGUUUUUCCGAGGAUUGCCUGAGUCUCUGCUGAUAAACGGGACUUUGUUGGUGGAUUUCUACUUCGUGGCAAGCGGGGCUUUGCUUGCUUAUCACCUGCUCAAGUAUCUACAAGAGCAUAAAUCUGCCAACAUUUUAUUACUCUUUCUCAUUCGUUUAUUAAGACUGGUGCCCGGGUACGCGAUGGUAGUGUUCUUCCACGCCAGCCUGUUCCACCGCAUGGGCUCCGGUCCACUGUGGACCAGCACCGUGGUCCUCGAGGGGGACCGCUGUCGAGCCAACUGGUGGACCAACCUGCUGUUCAUCAACAACUACGUCCACCCGGACAACAUGUGCAUGUUCCAGUCAUGGUACUUGUCCGUCGACACUCAACUGUUCAUCGUGGGUAUCCUGCUGGUGUAUUGCAUUGGCCGGUGGCCAUGCUUGGGAUACUCUCUCUUGGCGUCACUGUCCACGCUCGCUAUUCUAGUGCCCAUUUUUAAUACCUGGUGGAAAGAGGCCGAAGCUUUCUUACUGCCAUUUGCUAAGAACACAGCUGACGUGGUCAGCUACAAGUACUUCACCGACGUCUAUGUGAGAACUGAGAACAGAGCAGCUCCAUACUUUAUAGGUGUCAUGGUCGGUGUGCUGCUAGUGAAGCGUGAACACACCAAGUUCAGGAUCGGCAAGGCGAUGAGUCUGCUGGCCCUCGUGCUGGUCGAAGGGGCCUUCUUCGGGUCGUUCUUCGCCUCGUACUGGUUCUACAAGCCAGACGCCAGCUACACUCCCCUGCAGGCUGGGCUAUUCACGUCUCUGAGCAGAGUCGCCUUCGCCAUUUCCAGGGCAGGCAUCAUCCUCCUCGUCACUUUCGGGUCUCUGGAUGUCCUGGGAAGUAUUUUUUCGUGGAAGCCAUUUCGUGUGCUCAGUCGGCUAGUGUAUGGAGCAUACUUAGUACAUACUUUGGCUCACCUAUACCACAAAGGCACCCUGAGGUUACCUCUCCAAACAGUUUCCUUAUACCCUGUGUGGAUGCUGUUCGGCGACCUGGUGUUCUCCUUCGCAACGUCGUUCCUGUUGAUGCUGCUGCUGGAGUCUCCAGUUCGAGCCCUGAGCAAGCUCGUGUUACAGAAACGCUUGGCCCAGCACAAUCAGAAGCAAGAGACUUGAACAGUUUUUACUCGGCACUUUAUACGUUUACACUACGACUUUUUUUUAGUCCUUCAGAGUUUCUCACAGGCUUUUGCUGUUAUAGUAUAAGCAUUAACAUUAGCUUCAGAGGAAUAGCCAAGCCUGUGUAAUGGAAACAAAAAUUGUGUUCCUGUUCCCCUCGUACGUCCCUUGCAUGGCUACAUGCUCUUAACAGCAUCUAAGCUGUAGCGUCAAAAUAUCGCUUUUUCGAGUGACCAAGGUGCGAGCGAUAUCCCCUUACCCAUUCUUAGAUUGUUUUUGACGAACAAGGAUGUUCCAAUUUACAAAAUGCGCGUAUCAUUAUAAAUGUUAAAUGAAAACAAAAAGGUGAAUGUCUUAAAGGUAAUCCGACAAGGAAAAAUUAGAACCAAUUGUAACACAGCUAGUAUCUCAAAACUAUUAGGUGUUUUUAGAGCAAAAUUAAAUUGUUAAUUGCU